CAAAAUUCAAAAUGGCAGCACAUAAUAUGACAAAAACAGUAUGUUUCCAAAAGAAAUCCCGUAUUACGCUAACUUGGACAUCAUUUUCUGUUAUAUUUAGUAUAAUUUUAUUCGCAUGUGUCCCGUGCACUGGAUUACGUGUCAAGGGAUCUUGGAGGACUUCUGAAUACUUAAAUUUUCUCGGACGAUUUGGAGUUCAACAGACUGAUAUGUCAGAUAUUUUGAACACAAGAGGAUACAUAUAUGGCAAUAUAACAGCAAAAUCUAAUUUUACAACGAAAAAUACAAAAAGAAUGUUAGUUGUAGUUGACAGCGAAUACUUCUUAGAAUUUUAUGGCAACAGGACAGUUGUACCACGAUCUAAAGCUUGCCCACUAAUGUUUAAUAAAAUUGACACGAUUGCAUGGGAUCGUCAGUGUAAAAAGGAUGGUAAAGAAGACUUCUUACGAAAAGUACCGUGUGAUACGGAUAAACUUUGUUCGGAAGAAGAUGCCCCUGACAAAGUUGUGAAGGGAUAUCAGUUUACAUAUAAAAUCCAGGACACAAAACAGCCAAGGUUUUGGUUUAUAAGCCUGGUGUCUUGUUACCGUGGAGACAAAGGAGAUACACUGUGUAAAUGGCUACAUGACAGUGAUGAAGAAAUUGAACUAGAGUAUGACAUUUGGAUGGUCAAUGGAAAUCCUUACACUAAACACUUUAAUCCCUUUGAACAUCAGUUCUCAUUUGAACUACAUGAUGUGGUUGAAAUAUAUGCCAUUUUUCUUGUGGCGUUUAUCAUAAUAGUCCCUAUACAACUAUAUGCUCUGAGGCGACAGAGACAUAACUUAAUGCGAUUACUCACAGCAUGUAUCAUCCUGGAGUUCAUUGGAAUAGUACUGAAUUUUAUCCACUUUUUCAAAUUUGCUUUUGAUGGGGAGGGAAGCAAUCUGAUGAAGUUAGCAGGCAAUUUCAUAGACAUGUUUGCUGAGUGUUUAUUUAUGUUACUAUUGUUAUUGAUAGUAAAAGGCUGGACUAUUACAAGGCAAACAUUGACAACUAAGUCUAAAAUACUCCUUUUCACAGCUUGGACAUUGUACACAGCGGCCAACAUCUUCCUCUUCAUAUGGAAUUUCACUGAGAUGGACAUCAUCUCAGACAAAGAUGAAUGGCAGACGUGGCCGGGAUACACAAUACUAGCAUUCCGCAUGGCACUUAUGGUUUGGUUCCUGUUUGAACUGCGUGAAACAUUCCUACUGGAGAAUCAUCAACCAAAGAUGCGAUUUUAUCUUCACUUUGGAGCUGGUUUCCUUGUCUGGUUUGUGUAUUUGCCAAUUGUUGCACUAAUUGGGAGUCAGGUGUCUGCUCUGUGGCGAUUUAAGACCAUUCUCAGUAUGACAUAUGCAGCAGAUUUCCUGUCCUACUGUGUAUUGAUGCAUCUGUUAUGGCCAAGUCGGAGUUAUCUCUACUUCAACCUGCACACAGAGAGGCCCCCUUUACACAUGGAAGAGUUUGAAAUAACAGAGCGCACCCUUCCUAGUUUAUUGGAUGAAUCCAUGAGUGAAACAGAGGAAUUUUCUGUUGAACAAUCACCCCGUUCAAAUGACCUUGAUCUCCAUAGCAACGCCUCUGAAUCAUCUCCAAAACAAUCUAAGAAAAAGCGCUCUACACAAAAUGGCCACAUGAGCAACCAUAUAAUCAGGAGUAGAUCUAUAGAUGAAGAGGAGGCUGAGAGUUUACUCUAAUAUGUGCAACAUACAUGAGAGAAUAUUUUACUUAGAUUUAGUGUCAAAGAGAACACAUUUAAAACUGAUGUCAGCGUAUGUCUUCAACACUCAACGUGGGUCCUCAAGAUUUUGAAAGUGAAUUUACAGUUAUUCCAUAAAAGGUUUCAACUGGAGAAUUGUUUUACAUUGAGGAGUGUUAUGGGUUAAGAGCAUGCUAACAUUUAGUUUAUGCUUCUUGGCUAUGGUAACUUAAAUAUCUGGUACUGAUCUUCUUAAUCUAGUUUUUCCCAAUACCAUCUUGACAUUUUAUUGACAUUAUGUUCUUAUCCUGUUAAAUAUGCAUAAUAGUAGAUGCCAAAAGACUAUAAUUGAUUGUUUACUAGGUUGGUAUUAAAAAAUUUCCUGAAAACAAGGAAAAAAUCCAGGAGGUUGGCAUUUGGAUUGUUAUAGUCUCCAACUUUU